GAGUUUGAGCUUCUUUUGCUAGAUUUUUUCGAGUGAAGAUCUUGCACUUGUUUCCCGAAAAAGAAAUUUUGGUUUUCGCAGUGCCACUUUCUUGUUCUUUCCGCGACUACACGAUCGAGGAGUCACAGAGCGACAGGAGCACCACAGGGCGUAGUGACCAUCACCGCCGGAAGGUAGCUGCGACCGGGCGAGAAACAAAGAACUCGAAGAUAAGUAAGUACUUUGUGCGGGGGCAGAGGAGGCAGCGCUUUUUCAGGACGCACGUAUUGAAGGUGGACGCAGUGGAGCAGGUGUGGACGCAGUGCUGAAGCCGACUUGUUUGUCUUGCGUUCUUGCUGCGGCACAGCACGAGCACCCAUUGUGUAACGGUGACGAGGACAUCAACAUCAUCUGGCUCCUUUAUACAGAUCGAACAAGACAAGCACAUCAAAACACGUCGCGAAGCAACACUAACGCACGACGAAAUUGAAGUAAAAAGCGGGGCUGCAGCUGCAGCACAACAUCACCCUUUUUUCUCGUGUUACUCGCACAGCAUCAGCAGCAUGGCAGCAGCACCUGCAGCGCCCCAGGGCCCCGUAAUUACGGGAGAAAUGCUCAUUCUCAACGAUGAGGUACCUCUUACGCCAAUGCCGUUUUUUUCGUCUGUCGUUCAGGAUCAUUCUCCUGCUAAUAGAAGUCAUCGUCAUGUCUACUGAUGCAAAUGUACGUGUAUGCAUAGAUAUGCGUAAUGCUUUUUCUUGUACAUGAAGGUUUAUGUAAACCUAGACGUCGUGGUCGACCUCGCGCUUCCCACUGGGUUGCCGAUGAAGGUGAAGCCAAAAAUGAAGAUAUAUUUCUCUUGCGACAACUGCACCUCAGAUCGUCGACAUGCUCCAACUGCUUGACUACGACGGCAAGGGGCAGUUUUGUGACAAGGAGAUGAUGCCCAUGCCCCGCAGCUACUUCUCCGGCGCCGCCCCCAACGCCGCGUUGCAGUUCAAGUACUUUGCCCAGCUCUGCGCCUGGCUGUUCCGGCGGCUGCAGAUCGAGCCCACCUGGGGCAAGUACGACGAUCCCCAGACGAUCUGCACGAACCUGUGCGUAUUGCUAAAGGACGCCGGGGUGGCCGGCAGUGAGUCGGUGAGCCCCCAGAAGUUGAAACAGGGGUACGGGGAAAGCGUGCUGGGAAUAUUACACUCGCUCGUGAAACUGACCUUGCAGAGAGCGAAUUUCCGAUACAACCAGCCACAGUAUGAUACUGCAUAAGUAGUACAUUUGUCGUUCUUGUACUACUAGUUGUACUACUAUCGCGUUUGCUACGAAAAAUGUGCACUAUCUUUAUCGACAGCGAGUUUUUGUUCCGAGGCCUUUCGAGGUUGACAAUUUUUUGCUGGCCCCGCGAACAACUAUGACGUGCCCUAUCAUGCACAAAUUCAGGUACCCCGACGAGGCGUUGGCUGACGAAGCCGAAGUCGAUGACGAUGCGCAGGGCAGCGACAUAGAAGAGGAAGAGGUAUCAACGGCAAAUGUGUCAUCUGCUGUGUCUCGAAGUAGAUAGAUUGCAGGAGUUCGUCUUCUUCAUGCAGAAAUUUCAUGACCGACGACGGUGGUGAUGCAUGUUCAUCAGGCGUCACAGCAUUUAUCGCGAAGGCUUGUUCAUACCUAUCUUGAAUGAGGAAUUCCCUCUCGUCGUGGCAACAAGAAGAAGUCGAGUGCCUUUUUGUUUUUUAUGCUGCUCAUGCAAUGGGACAACAUGAAGAUGAACGGCGGAUUGAAAGUUAUCACAUGCAUAUAAAAACAAUCUCCUUCGCCCCCCAGACACAUUUUCAAUGCAUAAGAGGGACUGCAACACAACGACGAAGAGGAAUUCUUUCCAAUGACGGACGAGCGCAACAAUGCGUAUCCCCCAGAAAAAGACCGGCAGGUCAUAUUUGUAAUGCAAAAAUAAAUAGACAAAAGCACCUGCAUUGCAUACCCUAAACAGCAUGCCAUGGCUUCGCCCAUGACAGAUUUUCCCGUGUAUUUAUUUUUGCAUUACAAAUAUGACCUGUCUGCCUUAAUCUGUUGGAUAAUGCGGGCGCCAUGCUGGAGGAGAGCGACACCUUCGAGGGCGUAAUGGAGGCCACCAUCGUAUGGCGUUCUCAAACGUUACACUCUCAACUGUUACAUUAUUUGUCAUGCAAAACUCUCAUCAGUAUCACUAUCAUCAAGCUGCUUCGCAUGACAAAUCUCCAAAGGGCUCGACAGCAUUAUAAAGCUGUGCCGAACCUGUAACGCAAAAGGCGCAAUCUUCACCCUUGCACUUUUGCCAUUCUUGCAUUACAAAUUCACUUAACAGUCGAGAAUGUAACGUUUGGGAACGCCAUACAUCGAUCCACAGCAGUGGGCGCUCGAGCUGGAGCGGGUCGGGCCGAAGCUCAAAGUCGCGGGCAUGGAGCAGAACUCGAAGGAGUGGCGCGCACAUUUGUCACAAACAAAAAGCUACCAGGAAGUACAUGAUUGACAUUGAUAUAUACACUUUAACUUUUACAGUUUUCUUGAGAAGGUUGAAAAUUUUCAGUCUGAUUGAGGUUGAUGUUAAGUACGUUCAUCAUGCUUCUCCUUCUCCAUGUUGAACUGGUAGAGGUACGGAUACUGCAAGCCUUUUUCCUGGUACUGGGGUAGGAGUACUAUCGACGUGAUGACGUGCUGUGCUGCUUCCGCCCUACCAGUUGCAGAAGUGCCUGAUAGAUGAUCUACAACUGGGAGUAGUUUAAUAUUGUUUCAUCAUGGUCAUACAAGAAAAUCCUUAUCCUACCAACUCAGGUCAUAGACGAAACGUUUCCGGAAGCACGGGGUGGCUUGGAAAAUCUGCACAAGGAGCUGCAUUCCUUGUCAGAGAGGAUGCGAAACAAGGAGGCGUUUAUCAACUCGCAGUUUGACCACCGCGCACUCGAGUUUCGAAAUAGACAAGAGGAGCUUACACAGGUGCCACAAAAGUGAAAAGAAAUGUAAAAAUUCGAGUUCAUGUACAACUACACAACCGCGUACAAUUUCAUUUUGUUUCCGAGUUAUUUAUUUCAUGGAAAUUGGACUCAAGUGGCGUUCGAUCGCGCCUUCGACGCACUCGCACUCACUUGCAUGUUUAUCAAAAAAACCUUGCAGGUUACCCGACAGUACAACGAGCUGAAUGAGGGCGUAAUGAACCUCCAGAUCGAACUCAAGGGCGUCACGGAGGAGUUAGACGAGGUCAAGGGGCGAAUUAUCACAGGAAAUGGAAAAUAAAGUGUUAAACUUUAAUAACGGAAUCUGUGAUGCAGUAAUGUAAUCAGAAAACAGGUAAGGUGACCAGGAAAUCUGUAUUUUUGCAUAGCAUGCAUUCUCGGUAAAAUUUAUCAUGCACGACGGCAAAAAUCUCUGAUGGUGAUGACCGUAUAACAAGUGGACAUUUUUUUUGUUUGAUACGACUGGAGUCCUUGUCGACGACGGUGACCGAUACCGCGCCCAUAGUGAAGAUAAAGGACGCCUUCCAAAAGCUGCGCGCCGAGACGCGACAAAUCGAGGUGAAAAUCGGGGUGGUCGGGCACACUUUGAUGCAGGCGAAGCUUCGCCAGAAGAAAUCCGACGGCCAAGGGAUGCAACUGGCCGGGCCGCCGGAAGAGGGGGAGGUGUGAGAAGGUGGCAUCAGUCUCGAAAGAACAGCUUGAUGCACGUAAAAGAAGUAAGUACUCUGCGAAAUAAAAGCAGACUCAAUCAAUCCUCGAAAUGAAGAGCUGUGGUUGUAAGUAAAAAACUGCACCAUGAUGACCAUAUCGGGUUUUUGAAAGUUUAAUGAAAAAUGAAAACUUCUUCUUCUUCGCCGAAGAACAUCAUGAUACUUCCGAGUACGCAAGUUUUUUAGUGCGCAUCUUCAUUCUCUAGUCGCGGAAAGGGAAACAAGAAGAACUGCAGGCUAGUUCUACUGCGGCUGCCUGGACGACCUGGUUAUGAAUAUGUACUUGAUUCAAUUUCAAACUGUCGGGUUCGUGGUCCGAGCGCAUUUUUUGUUUCGCGGAAACGG